AUGGGUCUUCUCCCUCUUAAUUUUUUCCAGUUUGCACACUUUGAAACAAUUGAUCUAUCUCACGUCGCCUUGGCAGAAGGCAGUUGUAGGAACCUUUGCCACAGCUUUUGUGUAAUCACGUCACAGCAAAAAGUCACCCUGGCUGCGCCCAACCGGAAAGAUAUGGAAGAAUGGAUUAAUAUCAUAAAAACUGUCCAACAGGGAGAAAUCCGUAAGAUACCUGCAGCAGAAAACAACCCUUUCCUUGUUGGCAUGCAUUACUGGUACUCCAGCCACAGUAGCAGGACCCAGCACUGCAAUGUUUGUCGCGAGAGGAUUCCUGCUUUAUCUAGAAAUAUUAUCAUCUGUGAAGUCUGCAAAAUCAAAUCUCACAGAAUAUGUGCUUUGAGAGCAAGCAAAGACUGCAAGUGGAAUACUUUGUCUAUCACUGAUGACCUUCUUUUGCCUGCAGAUGAACUAAAAAGCAUGCCACAUCAGUGGAUAGAAGGAAACAUGUCUGUCAACUCUCAAUGUGCAGUGUGUCAUGAGAACUGUGGCAGUUAUCAAAGACUUCAAGAUUUCCAGUGUUUAUGGUGCAAUUCUAUAGUGCAUGAAGACUGCAAGAGACGGUUUUCCAAGGAAUGUUGGUUUGGACGUCAUCGAUCAUCCAUCAUCCCUCCUACUGCCCUCAGCGACCCUAAGGGUGAUGGCCAAUUAGUUGUUUCUUCAGACUUCUGGAGCCUUGAUUGGUCAUCAGCCUGUUCAUGUCCUCUACUUAUCUUCAUCAACUCCAAAAGUGGAGAUCAUCAAGGAAUCAUUUUACUCAGAAAAUUCAAGCAGUAUCUUAAUCCAUCUCAAGUGUUUGACCUGACAAAGGGUGGACCUGAAGCAGGACUGUAUAUGUUCAAGAACUUUACUCGCUUUCGCAUUGUGGUUUGUGGUGGAGAUGGCAGUGUGAGCUGGGUCUUAUCUCUGAUUGAUGUCUUUGGAUUACAUGAAAAGUGUCAACUUGCAGUCAUCCCACUUGGAACUGGAAAUGAUUUGGCCCGUGUCCUGGGCUGGGGUACAUACUGGAAAAAAAAUAAGUCACCCCUGAGCAUCCUCAACAGGGUGGAGCAAGCUAGUGUAAGGAUUCUAGACAGAUGGAGUGUGCUGAUCCGUGAGAAUCCUCGACAAAUCACACUGCCAAGAGGAUAUGCUGCAAUGGAUGUAGUUCAAUUUGAGGCUGCUGCCAUUCAACACUUAGAAUCUGCAACUACUGAGCUGAACAAAAUCCUGAAGACCAAGUGCCCCACAGAGAUGAUCAUUGCAACCAGAUUCUUAUGCUCAGCAGUGGAAGAUUUUGUGGUUGAUUGUGUGAAGGCCUGGAGUCAGAUAAGACAGAACAAUACAGCAAUAGAGUCUGUGAUAUUGAAAAGUGACUUAAUGUAUGAUAAGCUAAGUGACUUGGUUGAUGUCCUGGCUGAGGAGGAAGCAGCUACCCCUGUUGAGAAAAUUGUAACAGUACACCCAGAAAGUGGCAAAGCAGAUGCAAAGCCCUUGAUCCCUCAACUAGAUCACAUAUCCAGAUGCAAGUUGGAGUUGACCACAAAGGCCCAGAAUCUCCAGAAAUCCUUGAAACUCCUCAUAUUUCAAGUUGAACAAGUUCUAGAUGAGGAAAGCAGACAGACAAUAUCAGUUAAAAACUUUACUUCAACCUUCUUCCUGGGAGAUGACUCAGGUGAUACUAAUAGAACAAGCCCAAGACACCGUUCUCGUCAUAGCAUUUUGUCUUCUAUCUCUUCUCUCAAAAGUGAGGACCUAGAUAACCUCAACUUGAAGCACUUACAUUUUUUGCCUGAAACAAUAUGCUUCAAAGAAAGAUGUGUUAUGAAUAACUAUUUUGGAAUUGGACUGGAUGCUAAAAUUUCUCUGGAAUUCAACACCAGAAGAGAUGAACACCCAGGGCAAUACAACAGCCGCCUUAAGAACAAGAUGUGGUAUGGACUUCUAGGAAGCAAGGAGCUUUUGCAGCGCUCUUACAGGAACCUAGAAGAACGAGUUCACCUACAGUGUGAUGGAGAAAGCAUCUCCUUGCCAAACCUACAAGGCAUUGUAGUGCUCAACAUUACCAGCUAUGCUGGAGGUGUCAACUUCUGGGGAGACAGCACAGCAACCACAGAAUAUGAGGCUCCUGCAAUAGAUGAUGGGAAGUUGGAAGUAGUGGCAAUCUUUGGUUCUAUGCAGAUGGCAAUGUCCCGUAUCAUCAACCUGCAUCAUCAUCGCAUUGCCCAGUGCCAUGAGGUGAUGAUAACCAUUGAUGGUGAAGAAGGUAUCCCAGUGCAGGUGGAUGGGGAAGCCUGGAUGCAAAGGCCAGGCCUUAUCAAGAUUAAAUACAAGAAUGCUGCCCAGAUGCUGUCAAGAGAUCGGGACUUUGAGAAAUCCAUGAAAAUGUGGGAGUGCAAGCAUGAUGAAAUUCAAGCUGCUCCUCACACCUGGCAGGAGUCUGAGGAAUCUCAAGGUAGUCUUUCUGAUGAAGAAAAUGCCCAGAUGCAGCACUUAGCUCGACUUGCAGAAAAUCUCAUCAGUAGAGUUACUGACCUGAAUAAGGUCUACCAGCAUGUAUCUGUCCUAAUGGAUUCUGUGAACGCCAGUACUGAAAUCCUGAAUGAUAUAUUUUAUGGACAAAACAGUGGCAAUGAGGCAGCUGCAGCUUCCUGCACUCCCAUUGAGACACUAAGCAGAAAUGAUGCAAUGGAUGUUACAUUUAUUCUUAAAGGACUCUACAAUGACACCAAGGCUUUCCUGGAUGAACAUUUGCUAAGAAGUGUUGAAGAUGAGGCUACACUGAAAACCACCCUGGAUGCAAUGAACAAGGAGUUUGAAAAGCUGUCACAGAUAGAUUGGAUGAAUCCUAUCCUUGUUUCCAAGGACAAAUCUUCAGACACUGACAGUAGAAGCUUUAGGUUAAAAGUUAAGUUCCCAAAAUUAGGGAAGAAGAGGCAGGAAGAUGAACACAAGCCUAAAGCAGGCCAAGGAUUCAAGGGUUUUAUUGGUAUGAUGAUUGUUCUCUUUCUCUGCAAACCCUUUGUGUUUUUCCACGUGUUCAUGUAUGUCUUUGUACAUGUCCAAGUGGUGCUCUAG